UACAGCAUCUCCAUUACUGGAGGUUUGCAGCCAUGGUAGCCCAUUUUGUACAAUCCUCUGCUAAUCUCUUUGUGGAUGAAUAGUCCUUUUGAUCCACUCAGGAUACCACAUCCUCCAUCCACGGUCUUUUUUUUCUGCUUUGCAUACAUCUGCCCUUCCAGUGACCGCAAACAUGCACCACAUGCUGAACCUCUUAAAAUGUGCCCUGCACUUUCUCAUAGUACUUGACAAAGGCUGGUAUUACUGAAAGCUUUUGGGAGGCAGGGAUUUUUGUCUUUUUGUACAGCCCCUAGCACAAUGGGGGUCCCUGAUGGGGGCACCUAUUAGGUGCUACUGCAGCACUAAUAAAUGAAUAAACAAUAUUCUCCCCAAUUUUAUGUUUAGGGAAUCUGAGGCACAGAGCAGUGACUUCAGGGUAUCACAGCAAAUCUGAAGCAGGAAGGCAGCCCAGCUCUCCUGAAACCUGGCCCUGCACUUUAACCGCCUAGAUCAUACCUGCUCCACUCGUUUUAAGAGGCAGGCUGGUGUCCAGACAACAAAUGUAAAAAAUCAGGAUGGGAGUGGGGGGUAAUAGGUGCCGAUAUAAGAAAAAGUCCCAAAUAUCCGGACUGUUCCUAUAAAAUCGGGCCAUCUGGUCACCCUACUAGUGCAACUUGUCCAAGCAGCUGUUCGGACUUGGUUGCUCGCCUGGUAAAUGGGUGAUAAGUCCCUCCGCGAAGGUGUCUAGCUCUUUAUGAAUGAAACCGGAGAGGCUGCCGUGCCCUAGAGGCGCCGCCGGGUGUCAGCAGAGAGCAGGGCGCGUGGGCUCUAGAGUCAUUCACCCGGUGUCAGAGCCGCGCUGCAGCCGCAGGGCCAGUCCCUGCGAGUGACAGCAGCGGCGGCGGCGGCUCUGCCCCGCUCUCUGCCCCGCCAGGUGCUGCUGGACCAGCCGCUAAAUGAGCCCGCGAUGGAGGGCGGGCAGCCGGGCCCCGGGGCAAGCUCCCCGCAGAUCGACUCUGCCGAAGUUUUGCUCCACGGGGUGUUCGCCCUGCUGGACCCCGCUCCCAAGACGAGCUACGCGCUGAGUCUCACCCGCGGCCGGGAGCUGCGCAUGCAGCGGGUCGGCUCCUCGCCCGCCGGCCGGAGCGCCGCGCUGAAGCUGGCGGACUGCAUCGGCUGCUCUGCCUUCGCCGGCCGGGAGCCGGAGCUGGAGCCGGCCGCCUACUUCUCCGUCUUCUGCUACCCCUUCCGCAAGGGCUGGUGGGACGCCGCGCCCGCCAGGCAGCGCUUCGCCAGGACUUUCCGCGUGUGCGUGGCCCAGGAGCCGGGGGACAAUCUGAAGCUGGCGGAGACGUGGGCUGGGAAGAUCAGGGAGCUGGCUGCGCCCAGGAUCCCCCGGCAGGAAGGGGUGACGUGGGGACUCUUGUCGCGGCCCUACCAUGUCCUGGUGCUGCUGAACCCCCAGAGUGGAACAGGGCAAGCGCUGCAGCUGUUCCGCUCCCUAGUGCAGCCGAUGCUGGUCGAAGCCGACGUAGCCUUCACCCUCUGUGUGACCGAGAGGCCGAAUCACGCCCGUGAGCUGGUGCGGGCUGCAGACUUGUCCCGGUGGGACGCGGUGGCCGUCUUGGCCGGGGAUGGCUUGCUGUACGAGGUGGUGAACGGCCUGAUGGAGCGUCAGGACUGGCAGGCUGCCAUCAAGAAGCCUCUCUGCACCCUGCCCGGGGGCUCUGGGAACGCCCUGGCUGCUUCCAUCAACCACUAUGCUGGCAACACACGGGCCUCCAAGGAGGAGCUGCUGACCAAUUGCACCUAUUUCCUCUGCAAAGGCCUGCAUGCCCCCAUGGACCUGGUCUCCCUGAGCACGGCCUCUGGCAAGCGCCUCUACUCCUUCCUCAGCUUCGGCUGGGGCUUCAUCUCUGACGUAGACAUUGCCAGCGAGAAGUACCGCCAGCUGGGCAACGCCCGCUUCACCGUGGGCACCAUCCAGCAGCUGGCCGGGCUGAAGGUCUACAAGGGGCGCCUCUCCUACCUGCCCGUGGAGACGUCCUCCUCUGUCUCCUCAGCCCCCGGCAGCCCUUCAGAGCAGAACAGCCACCACGUGCCAUGCAGCAACGGUCACCCCCUCCACAUCCUCCCUCAGCCUGCACCAGGGGUGCCACGUCCCCCUCACGAGGGGUCCUGGCCAGAGGACUCGCUCCUGGUCCCCUUUGACCAGCCAGUCCCAAAGCACUGGACCGUUGUGCCUGAGGAGGAAUUUAUCUCCAUUUUCGCCAUUUACCAGUCGCACUUGGGCGCUGACUUCACCAUGGCCCCCACGGCCAAGCUUCACGAUGGCUCCAUGCACCUCUUCUUCCUGAAAGCUGGGGUCUCCCGGUUAGGGCUGCUCAAACUCUUCCUAGCCAUGGAGAAGGGGACCCACUUAGACCUGAACUGCCCCCACCUUCACUACGUCCCUGUGAGGGCCUUCCGGCUGGAGCCCUUUGCUUCCACCGGGCUCAUGACGGUGGACGGCGAGCCGCUGGCGUGUGAGCCAGUGCAGGGCCAGGUGCACGACCAACUCUGCCGGAUUAUCAGUGGCUCCUGAGCCACCUGCCAGCCUGACAAAUAAACUGCUUCAAAAAGGGUUUUGACCAUGUGCAUCCCUGGGGUGCAGUGAGGGAGGACAGGCAAGGACCACUGCAGAGAAUGCUUACACCUCCUGCCACUCAGUGUCUUCUCCAGCCCGCUCCUCUCUCCUCCUCUGGAAUAGUUCACGGGGUCUCUUGUUCCCCUUACUCUGCCCAGCCUCCUGAGUCCCACCCCCCCACAGUCCUUUUCCUGCCUGAUCACAGGUACUAUGGGCCAAGCACUAAGAGGUUUGGUUAAUAAGUUUGAGGGUGGGGGAGGGACACUCAUAGCCUGGCCUACCCCCAUGUCAGGAAGCUCCUGUGGGACACAGGUGACUCCUGAGCAGUGGAUGGCAGGUGAUGGUACCCAAAUACAGGUACAGCUCUUUCCAGAUCAGCUUAGCAGCUGCAAGGAUAUUUCUCCCACCACCCCCAGUCUAAGCGCUGGGCUGCUUCUCUUCUCUGCUUCCAGAUUAGCCUAUCUUUGCAAGGGACUCUGCAGAUGAAGCCAAGUGAUUCGCCAAACCCAGGCUCCCUGCCGUACAGGCCUCCCUUGCAUUUCUGCUCCUAGGUUCCCCACAAGGACAAAGUCAGUCUGCCCCCUUCCCACAGCUGAAGAAUACACUAACAGCACAAGAGCGCUACCCUUUCCCCCAGGAGCAGAGUGCCAUGGGGACCGAGCAGUGACAGCGGGCACCAAGCCCUGGGGCCUGUAGGGAAAUGAGAACUGGCUGACUCCACCAUAAACGUCGGCCCUAAAAGUUUAUAGUUUGUUACAAUGAACCAAUAUUUUCUUUAAAAAAUAUUUCUACCAAACGCUCCAUGGAGACAGAGUUUCUUCUUAAAAUGAGACAAUAAAGAUCUAGCUUUUCCAAAACAGGAGGCCUUGGUUGUUAUAUGGGGGGUACUCUGCUUUCAUUGCAAACCUAAGCACCUGGAACUCCCGGGUUGGACUGUUUCCUCCCUGGGAUUGCUGUGGUGUAAUAAGCAAUAAAGGUUCUUGGAGCAGCAGCA